UUUUUCAAAGUUUAUUUUCUUCGCGACCGAAUGUAAAGCUCUUGUGAUUUAAGUUAUGUUCGUGUGCGUAAUAUUUCGGCGAUUAAUUAAUAUUAAAACAAAGUGCGGGGUGCUAAAUAAUAUCGUUUUUAAUUCGAGUGCUGUGUUGUGUGCAAAUGGAAUAAAUCUAUGUGAUCAAACUAGAUUCGACAGGUGGGAUCAGUCGACGAAUAAUGAUUGAGAUAUGGCGACGACAGCGAAUCAUCCGGAUGGCGGCAGUAGUUUCGUUGGAGGUGUGCCUGGAUCCGGCAGCGCCGGCGCUGAACCUGACGAAGAUAUCGCCGCCAUACGUAAACAGAUCUCGGACCACGCCGAAGUCAUCUACCAGACUUGGAAAGCUCGCGGCCUAGCUCCCAACGAAAUCCUAACCUGUCACAAUAGUCUGAACGCGGCCGAUAAAUUCGGUUCGGUUUUAGCGCCAGGAGGGUAUCCGCCGCCGACAUCGACGUCAUCUUCGGCCGUAUCCGGCAUCGGUAUCGGCGGUAUCGGCACGCCGCCGUCGCUGCCUUCCGGUAUUAAAACGACGAAGAGCGCGACUCCGGUGAUGGAUUUUUUAUACAGUAACAGUUCGAACGCGGCGGCGGCGGCGGCCGCCGCAGCUGCCGCCUCCAUGAACGCCAGCAAUUUGGAACAAAUCGUGAACAAAUUUGUAGUAGAGGAUAAAGCUAGACUGGCGGCUCGCCAGAAAAGCGACGCGCCAGGUGUACCGUCCACUGCCAGAAAUUACCCGUCUUCCAUACAGUACGCUUUACAGAAAUUCGAAAGAAGAAGCCCCGACGUUGUUGUAAAUAGCCCGGUUAAGUUCGCGUCGCCUCGCGUCGAUAAAAGUAUUCCUUCGUCUUCGUUAUCGUUAUCGCCAUCGUCGUCGUCGUCGUCGUCGUCUAAAUUAACCAGCAACAAUACAAAUAACAAUAAUUCGUUCGCGGUUAAACCAACGCCGAUUGUAUUAUCAUCGCCAUCGUCACCAACGUCGAAUACCUCGUUUCCAGAACGUCUGAUACCAACGAAUAAUGCUCCUCAGAUGACCAAACCGGGCGCUGAUCACGACGACGUCGAUAAUUCGGUGUACGUUGGGUCGUCGUCGACGUGGCCCUUGAAAGCGAAAUCCGUCUUCGAGCAGUCGUCGAAUAUCGGUGAAAAAUCUAGCUCCGCAGAUCGAACCGGUAUCGCGUACAAAUACUCUACUCUGCCGUCGAAAGUCGACAAAUAUCGAGCUAGCUCGGCCGCUGAUCAGUUCCUCGAUGAGGUCGCCAAAGAAGAAGAACGACUCAUAAACGCCCUCAAGACUGGUAUGGUGAUUACCGCUGCCAACGAUCCUAAAAUUAUACCGGUAACUAUGAAAAUACAGAAAACCGAAUCGCUUAGUUCCAAAGAGAAAUUCAACUCGACCCCUAAACUGAAAACUCCGUGUGUUCCGAGUACCCUAUCGUCAGAUGUUAAAGAAAUCAAGAAAAAUGAUUUUCACAACGACGCUUUGUUGGCCAAAAGAACGCCUAGGAGGGUGCCCGGGUCGUCAUCGUCGGAGGAUCAGCAGAGGAUCAAUGGUAAAAUACCGUCGACGAAUCCGACCAUCGCUACGAAUGGAUUUAGUAACCAGCAAACGAAUCCGGUGAGACCGUUUUUGACUCGAGGAUCGGUCGCCGAACGAGUCAUGAUGUUUGAAAAAUGUCCUACGGAAAUAUUAGAAAAACGAACCAAAGUUACAAAUACCAAUAACGCGUCGUGGAAAAACCUCGCCAGCGAUGUGCAUAGUAAAAUACAGACUUAUUCGAAAGAAGUUAAUCAAAAGAAUGGAGUGUAUCCGCCUCAUACAACGCUGCAAAGACAUACCAAAGCCAAUAAAAAUGUCUUCAUACCAAGAUUUUUCUACCCUCAUGGGAAACCAGUUAGUCAUCACCAACAGAACGCGAUUUUCAAAAAUAUCGAAGACGUUUUCCGGUCAUUACCGAACAUGCAAGCUACCAAAGAACAAUUUUCAUCUGUCACGAAGGCAUGUAAUUGCCCGUUGUAUUGGAAGGCGCCUUUAUUUAUAGCUUGUGGAGGUGAAAAACUAGGAUUCGUCGAAAUGAAUACGUUCAUGGAAUAUUGGAGAGACUUAACAUCGGUUUGUCACGAUGACGCAUCCAGAUUUAUGAGGAUAGUUACGCGUAGUACCACACGACCAUAUAUCAUUCCGGAAGAUCUAAUUCCUUUAGUGCAAGACGUCGUAAAUACUCACCCCGGCUUGACAUUCCUUAAACAAGCGCCCGAAUUUCAUUCCAGAUAUGUGCAUACGGUUAUAUGUAGAGUGUAUUAUUGCGUCAAUCAAUCGUGGAACGGUCAAAUAUCUCUGACGGAGUUGAGGAAAUGCGAUUUCUUAAGGGCUAUCCAGUUAUUGGAAGAAGAAGAGGAUAUCAAUCAAGUGACCGCGUAUUUCAGUUACGAGCAUUUCUACGUGAUAUAUUGCAAGUUUUGGGAGCUGGAUCGAGAUCACGAUUUGUUCAUCAGUAAAGAGGAUUUGGCUAGGCAUAGCGAUCAUGCAUUAUCAACUCGUAUCAUCGACAGAAUAUUCUCUCGAACGAGAAGUAAAGCGAGAAAUUCGAUGCUGCAAGAGGGUAAAAUGAGUUACACAGAUUUCGUUAUAUUUCUACUGGCUGAAGAAGAUAAACGUCAUCCUAGAGCUAUCGAGUAUUGGUUCAGAUGCAUGGACCUAGACGGCGAUGGUUUCUUAUCAAUGUAUGAAUUGGAGUACUUUUACGAUGAGCAAUUACAACGAAUGGAAGCCAUGGGUAUAGAAUGUUUGCCAUUUGAAGAUUGCUUAUGUCAGAUGUUGGAUAUGAUCCAGCCUAAAGUUCCCGGUAAAAUUUCACUCAGUGAUUUGAAACGGUGUAAAAUGACGCCGAUAUUUUUCGAUACGUUCUUCAAUCUGGAGAAAUACCUGGAUCACGAGCAACGAGAUCCAUUUGCUUCCCAAAGAGAUCAUGAGAACGACAUGUCUGACUGGGAUCGAUACGCAGCCGAAGAAUACGAACUCCUGGUGGCCGAAGAAGGUGGAAACGAUCAUAGCGACGAUAUAGGGCAAUACCGCGUAAGCGAACCGGACGAUGACGAAGACGACGACGAUAUUUUUUCAUCGAAUCUAGACGAUAUUUUGAACGGAUCGCGAGAAUUCGUCAACAAUAACACCUAUAAAAAACAAAAUAAUAAUUACUUGGCCGAAAACUUCUUGCAGCCGAGCAUGGUAGUGACAGAUUGUAGCGAUAAUAAUACCAGAUGCAGUAAUAAUAACAGCGAUAGUAGCGACGAUUAUGCUGGCGAUAGUGAUGAUUGUUCGUUGUAAAAACUAAAAAGUAUUACGAGAUGGAUGAGAAAAAAAAACGAACUGUAGCUACCUUGUAGCGAUCACGUCGAUGUAAUAAUUUUGUACUGAGUACCUGUGUGUGUAUCCUGUUAUGUAUUUUUAUUUGUAUAACACUCAGUGUUAAUUUAAUAAUGUGUAAUUAUAAUGUAAAUUUUUCGAAAUGACUUAUCGCACACGAACGAAUUUUCAAUUGUUAGCUUUACGAAGAAGAAAAAAUAUUUAUGUAACAAAGUAACCAUUCGAAAUAUUCUAGUCUUGGUAUGUUAGAGUCAUUGAAGUUUGUUUGUUUGUUUUUUUAACAACAAUUUUUCACCUUUUUUUUUUUUUUAAAGAAAAAACAAAACAAAAAAAUUUGUAUUUUUUUGCGCAAGUUUGCACCGAAUUUUUGAUCGUAUCGACGUAUUAUUUUGAACCAGAUGCGGUUGAUAAGUUUUACCUCAGAUAGUUUUAAUUGUAAUGUAUAAAUUGUUAAUUAAUAUAUUUGUAAAUGUUUUCGUUUGCGAACCAGUACGUAUUUUUUUAUUAUUAUUAUUAUUGAUUAUCGUUAUUUUUUUUUCAUUUCGUCAACUUUCGUUUUAACUUUUAUUAAAAGUACAUAUAGGUACGUAUUACGGAUAAGAUUUAUUUGUUCACUUUUUAUUUUGAGAGAGCUUAUUUUUUUCGUUAUUGUGAUAUUUAAUAGAAUUGAAUUCAGUGUUUAAAUCGGUGUAUUAGCUUGAAAAGUGUAAAUAAGGGAAUAUAUUGUAUGUAGCUGUAUUUAGCGAGAGAGUUUCAUGUAGUCGUCGACUCUGGAGUUGUUUAACGAUUUGCAGGCCAUUUUCAGUAAUAAGUUUGUUAUUUGUUAAUUAUUGCGGAGAAAUUAUUAGCAGAAUACUAACCUUUAAUUUUAAUAUCUACGUUGAUUUUUAACGGUUAUUCGUGUUGUUUAUUUUUUCCCCCCUAUUAUUUCUUUCUCCCAUUUUUUUUUCUUUUAUUUAUUAUUUAGAGUAACGUUUUAUUAAUUUAAUUUUUUAUGUGUUUUUACUACGAUAUUAAUUUAGUAACAUCAGAGUAGAGUCUAAUUUUUAUACAACUUUUUUUCAGUGUCUCUGUUAAUUUUUCUCUCUUGAUGGGUGAAUUUUUGUUUUAUUGAUCAACAAACAUCACGAUAAUAAAAUUAAAUAAAUGAAUGAAAUACGUG